UGUGUCUUUCUCUUUGAAAUUUCGGUAGUAUUGAGAUGUGUAAGACAGUGUAAUGAUAAGAUGUUACAAGUACUUGCACCUGUUAACUGUUCAGUUCAGAUUUGUGCUUGUUUAGUGCUUGUUGCUGCUGAUCCUCUCUGUGUCUUUCUCUUUGAAAUUUCGGUAGUAUUGAGAUGUGUAAGACAGUGUAAUGAUAAGAUGUUACAAGUACUUGCACCUGUUAACUGUUCAGUUCAGAUUUGUGCUUGUUUAGUGCUUGUUGCUGCUGAUCCUCUCUGUGUCUUUCUCUUUGAAAUUUCGGUAGUAUUGAGAUGUGUAAGACAGUGUAAUGAUAAGAUGUUACAAGUACUUGCACCUGUUAACUGUUCAGUUCAGAUUUGUGCUUGUUUAGUGCUUGUUGCUGCUGAUCCUCUCUGUGUCUUUCUCUUUGAAAUUUCGGUAGUAUUGAGAUGUGUAAGACAGUGUAAUGAUAAGAUGUUACAAGUACUUGCACCUGUUAACUGUUCAGUUCAGAUUUGUGCUUGUUUAGUGCUUGUUGCUGCUGAUCCUCUCUGUGUCUUUCUCUUUGAAAUUUCGGUAGUAUUGAGAUGUGUAAGACAGUGUAAUGAUAAGAUGUUACAAGUACUUGCACCUGUUAACUGUUCAGUUCAGAUUUGUGCUUGUUUAGUGCUUGUUGCUGCUGAUCCUCUCUGUGUCUUUCUCUUUGAAAUUUCGGUAGUAUUGAGAUGUGUAAGACAGUGUAAUGAUAAGAUGUUACAAGUACUUGCACCUGUUAACUGUUCAGUUCAGAUUUGUGCUUGUUUAGUGCUUGUUGCUGCUGAUCCUCUCUGUGUCUUUCUCUUUGAAAUUUCGGUAGUAUUGAGAUGUGUAAGACAGUGUAAUGAUAAGAUGUUACAAGUACUUGCACCUGUUAACUGUUCAGUUCAGAUUUGUGCUUGUUUAGUGCUUGUUGCUGCUGCUCCUCUCUGUCUCUUUCACUCUGAAAUUCAGAUUGUUGUCUCUGUACCGUGUAAGACAAUGUAAUGAAUAGUUGUCUAUGUGCAUAUGUCCAUAGUUUCAAACUUUGGGCUCAAACCGAUUCUAGGGAAUGGACUGGAUUGGUUUGGCUUGAAAACAUGAUCAGUUCAGUUUGGUUUGGACCGUAGCACUAAAAGUUUGGAUUGAUUUGGUUUGCUUGCUGGACUUGUACAUGUAUGGCUUGGUCUGGAUUUGGUUUGGAUUACAAACUUUUCCCAGGUUUAGUCGCACGGAUGUCAAGGUUUUCAUGUCAGCCUAUGGAUACGAAUUUCACACAAGUGAUAUCUAUGCAGCUCAGUUAGACCCAAGCGAUUACCCAACGGCAUUAUUAGCUUCGGCUAUCAGAGAUCAACCAAAUUGUGAAAGUGCAAAACUAAAUAGUGCAAGCUACGCCUGUGGAGGUUCAAGCUAUUGCAAAAAUCUGUCAUCUGGACCAGGCUACACAUGUCAGUGCCCAACUAAAGGAAAUCCCUACAUUAUGGAUGGCUGUGAAGAGUACAACCCCAAUCCUAACAGAAAUUGCACGAGAUCGUGUGGGGGCACAAACAUUCCAUUCCCUUUUGGGUUAGAAAAAGGUUGCUAUGCCCUUGAGCAGUUCCAGCUUCGGUGCACACCAGGAAAUGUGACAGUCCUCAACAGAAACGAGAUAGAGUAUCAUGUUGGCCACAUUGCAGUGAAUGAAGGAUAUCUGAGAAUUGUGGGUUUAGAUUCCAACAACGCAGGAAUCGAGAUAGGUUAUCGAACACCGGAUAGUUAUGAUUUCCGUGUUACUACAGGGGAUCUCUUCGAUUUAUCUGAAGAGAUUGAUACAAAGAUGUGGUGGGUUGCGGCGAAUACAACAUGUGCAGUAGCCAUGAGCAGGCAAAAACAGGAUAUCUACGCAUGCCGCAGCGUCAAUAGCACUUGCCUGGAUGUCACAUAUGGGAAUGUGAUGACGCAGCUUGGGUAUCGUUGCACGUGCCUUCAAGGCUAUGAAGGAAAUCCUUACGCAGUAGAUGGCUGCAAAGAUAUCAACGAGUGCUUAUUACCAAGAAAAUGCAAUGGAACAUGUGAGAACUAUCCUGGAGGCUUUAGCUGCAAAGCUUGUACUCAUGGAGAAGAGUUCGAUGCAACAAAAGGGACAUGUGUGAUACCAGCUAAGAGGCACAUCCCAACGUCGGGUAUUGCAAUCGGCAUUGGAUGUGGUAUUGGUGUUCUACUUAUUGCAUUUGGUAUAACUAUGCUCAUCAAGAAGUGGAAGAGAGAUAAACUAGACGGAAUUCGAAGGGCAAACUUCAAGAAAAAUAAAGGCUUGCUCUUGGAGCAACUAAUCUUAGAUCAAAAUGCUACAGAUACAACAAAGAUAUUCUCACUGGAGGAAUUAGAAAAGGCAACCAACAAUUUCGAUAGGAGUCGUAUUCUUGGCAAAGGAGGACAGGGCGAAGUUUAUAAGGGGAUCGUGUCUGAUCAACGUGUGGUGGCAAUUAAAAGGUCAAAAGUAGUGAAUCAACAUGAGAUAGAACAAUUUAUCAAUGAGGUUGCCAUACUGUCACAGAUCAUUCAUUGCAAUGUUGUCAAGCUCUUAGGUUGUUUGGAAACAGAGGUGCCCCUUCUGGUCUACGAGUUCAUAUCAAAUGGAACUUUAUAUAACCUUUUACACAAUUCUGCAAGUGGUAUUUCAUGGGAUGAGCGUGUGAGGAUUGCAUUAGAAACUGCAACAGCUCUGGCUUAUCUCCACUCAGCUGCUGCAGUUUCUAUUUUUCAUAGAGAUAUCAAGUCAGCUAACAUAUUGUUAGAUGACAGUCUUACUACAAAGGUAGCUGACUUUGAUAUUUCAAAGUCUUUACCAAUCGGUCAGACUCGUGUGAAGACAGCUGUACAGGGUACAUUCGGUUACUUGGACCCAGAGUACCUCAAGACACAACAACUCACUGGUAAAAGUGAUGUUUACAGCUUUGGGGUUUUGCUUGUGGAGAUUUUCACGAGAAAGAAGCCAUUCUACUAUAAUGAACAUGAUGAAGUGCAGAAGUUGCCUGAUAACUUCAGGGAAGCAGUUCAUCUCGGAGAUCUGAUGGAUAUUAUAGAUCCUCAACUUGUCGAAGUAACUGGUGAAGAAAUUGAUGCUAUUGCAUCAAUAGCAAUAUCAUGCUUGAGUGAUAGAGGAGAAGAGAGACCAGUCAUGGGAGAUGUACAAAUGAGGCUGCAACUCAUUCAGAGUAAAAGAUUAAGAAAGAGGCAAAUUUUCACAAGAGAUGAUGAGGAGAUCGAACCUUCUCUAUGCCCAAAUAUCGGUACCUCUCGUGCAAAGAGCAGUUCUAUCAAUAGAAGAUUUAGUGGGGAGCAAGACAUGUCCUCGACAAUGCCACGCUAAGGAUAUAUGCAACAACAUGAUAAACUGGAGGUUGAUGCACACACUUAAUUAAUUAUUUACCUUGUAGUUUCCAAGAAUAAUUAUGUCAUCUAGAAGAGUACAUAUUGUAAUUGUACUUCCUAUGUUAUUUCCACAUUA